AUGGCCGACAAGGAGAACUCCGCCUCCGCCUCUUCCUCCACCGCCGCGCCCCGCCUCACCCGCGCCGCCGCCAAGCGCGCCGCCGCCGUCACCGCCGUCGCCGUCGCCGUCGCCGCCAAGCGCAAGCGCGUCGCGCUCAGCGAGAUCCCCACGCUCCCCAACGGCGCCGACGGGCACCACGCCAACCCCAAGAAGCCCAGGAAGGCUUCCUCCCAGCCCUCCAAGCCCAAGAAGACCGCGCCCAAGCCGGCGCGCGACGCCGCCGACGAGAACGGGGACCCGCAGCUCUGCGCUCCCUACGCGUCCGACAUCUACUCAUACCUCCGAUCCAUGGAGGUCCAGAAGAAGCGGCGGCCGGCGGCGGACUACAUCGAGCGGGUGCAGGUCGACAUCACGCCCAACAUGCGCGGCAUCCUCGUCGACUGGCUCGUCGAGGUCGCCGAGGAGUACAAGCUAGUCUCCGACACGCUCUACCUCACCGUCUCGUACAUCGACCGAUUCCUCUCGGCCAACUCCCUCAACCGCCAGAAGCUGCAGCUGCUCGGCGUCUCCGCCAUGCUCAUUGCCUCCAAGUACGAGGAGAUCAGCCCCCCAAAUGUGGAGGACUUCUGCUACAUCACCGACAACACCUACAUGAAGCAGGAGCUUAUUAAGAUGGAGAGUGACAUCCUAAACAUUCUCAAGUUUGAGAUGGGCAAUCCUACUGCCAAGACCUUCCUAAGGCUGUUCAUCAGAUCUGGCCAAGAAGACAAGAAGUAUCCUGCCCUGUCCCUGGAGUUCAUGGGGAGCUACCUUUCGGAGCUGAGCCUGCUGGAGUACGGAUGUGUCCGGUUCUUGCCAUCAGUUGUUGCUGCUUCAGCAGUGUUCGUCGCACGGCUGACCCUAGAUCCAGACUCCAACCCCUGGAGCAAGAAGUUGCAAUCGGUGACAGGGUACAGGGCAUUUGACCUCAAGGACUGCAUUACUACCAUCCAUGACCUGCAGCUCAGCCGGAAAGGACAAUCUUGGAAUGCUAUUCGGGACAAAUAUAAGCAGCACAGGUUCAAGGGUGUAUCAGCAUUGCUACCUCCUGUUUACAUCCCUGCAUCAUACUUCCAAGACCUCAAGUAG